AUGAUGCGCACACGUGUCCGUCCACUUCCUGUCUUCUCUUCCACUCAGGAGCGUGUUGGUGAAGAUGGCGGCUCAAAACUCAAAGCCCAGUGAUCUUUACAAAUGCGUUUAUUCCUUCCUGCUGGAGAACAAGUUCACCAAGGCGGCUCAGCAGUUUCUGAAACAGACUAAAGUGACUCCACGAGAUCAAAAUGAAGAGAGCCUCGUCAACAUCUACAACUUCUGGGUGAAGUCUCCUGAAGCCAAGAAACGAAAGGGUGAAGCUGCAAAAGGUCCAUCAGCCAAGAAAGCAAAAACCAGUGCAGAGAGCUCCAGCAGCGAAGAGUCGAGCAGCGAGGAUGAAGAAGCUGUUGCAAAGCCGACUAAGGCAGCCCCUGCAGCAGCCAAGGUGGUGCCUGCUAAAGCAGCAGCAGCUACUAAAGCUGCAUCCAGCAGCAGUGAAGACUCCAGUGACUCUGAGGAGGAGAAGGCUCCUGCAAAGGCUCCUGCAAAGGCUCCUGCCAAAGCUCCUGUGAAGUCGCCUGCUGCUCCUGCUGCAGGACGGAAGAAAGACAGCAGCUCUAGCAGUGAAGAAUCUGACUCUGAGGACGAGCAGCCCGCCAAAGCUGCUACACCAAAACCCAAGGCUGGUGCAGUCACAGCACCCAAACCAGCUGUUCCCACUAAAGGUGCAGCUCAGAAAAAGCAAGAGAGCAGCAGUGAAGAUAGUUCCUCUGAAGAUGAAGAACCAGCCAAGGCUCCAGCCAAACCCGCCCCAGUAAAGACUGCUGCAGCUGCUGCUAAAUCGAGCAGUGAAGACUCUUCGUCUGAAGAUGAGGCUCCGCCCAGCAAAAAACCCAAAGCAGGAGCGUACAGUGCAGUCCCCCCUCCUGGCUCAGUCCAGAAAGCUCCAGCAGCCAGCAAAGCCAAGGACAGCGACUCCUCAGACAGCAGUGACGAGGAAGAAGAGAAGAAAGUAGCCGCGAAAUCUGCACCGGCAAAGACCACCGCCGCCAAACCUGGUGUGCCCAAACCCGCCGCAAAGAAGCAGGAGUCCAGCUCUGAGAGCUCAGAUUCAAGCUCAGAUGAAAAGGAGGCAAAGAAGCCUGCAACCAAAGUCACCCCAGCUAAAGCCACCCCAGCUAAAGCUGCCCCAGCCAAGGCUGCACCUGCUAAAGAGGAAGACUCAGACUCCUCAAGUUCAGAGGACGAAGAGGAGGCGAAGAAACCUGCAGCAAAGGUGACCCCUGCUAAGGCUGCUCCAGCUAAACCUGUUGCAGCCAAAGUCACACCUGCUAAAGACGAAUCCUCAGAGGAGGAUUCUAGUUCAGAGGAAGAGGAGACGGCAAAGAAGCCAGCAGCUACACCUGCAUCUGCCAAGACUACCCCUGCUAAGAAAGCAGCUACCCCUGCUAAGAAAGACGAGUCCUCAAGCUCAGAUAGCAGCUCUGAAGACGAGGCUCCAGCUAAACCUGCCGCAAAACCUGCCGCUAAAACUGCGGUGACACCGACACCUGCUGCUGCCUCUAAACCCCCGGCCAAGGCAGCAGAGAGCAGCUCUGAAGAGGACUCCUCUGAGGAUGAGGAAGAAAAGGUGAAAGCCAAGCCAGCAGCUAAGCCUGCAGCUAAACCAGCCACGCCAGUCUCAAAGCCUGCAACUCCUGCAGCAAAGCCUGCUGCAGCAGCAGAGAGCAGCUCCGACUCCUCCUCUGAAGAUGAGGAAGAACCAGCCAAGGCUAAGCCAACAGCAGCUAAACCAGCUACGCCCGCUGCGAAGCCUGCUACCCCUGUUGCAAAGCCUGCUGCUGCUGCAGAAAGCAGCUCCGACUCUGACUCUUCUUCUGAAGAUGAAGAGCCAGCAGUCAAGGCUAAACCUGCAGCGGCUAAAGCAGCUACUCCAGCAUCAAAGCCUGCUACUCCUGCGGCAAAGCCUGCUGCUGCGGCCGAGAGCAGCUCGGACUCUGACUCCUCCUCUGAAGAGGAAGAACCAGCUAAGGCUAAACCUGCAGCGGCUAAACCUGCAGCAGCUAAGCCUGCUACUCCCGCAGCAAAGCCUGCAGCUGCAGCAGAAAGCAGUUCAGACUCCUCUUCAGAAGAUGAAGAACCAGCAGUCAAGGCUAAACCUGCGGCGGCUAAGGCUAAACCUGCAGCGGCUAAACCUGUAGCAGCUAAGCCUGCUACUCCCGCAGCAAAGCCUGCAGCUGCAGCAGAAAGCAGUUCAGACUCCUCUUCAGAAGAUGAAGAACCCGCAGUCAAGGCUAAACCUGCGGCGGCUAAACCAGCUACUCCAGCUUCAAAGCCUGCUACUCCUUCGGCAAAGCCUGCUGCUGCAGCAGAGAGCAGCUCUGACUCUGACUCCUCUUCUGAAGAUGAAGAACCAGCUAAGGCUAAACCUGCAGCGGCUAAACCAGCUACUCCUGCAGCAAAGCCUGCUGCUGCAGCAGAAAGCAGUUCUGACUCCUCUUCAGAAGAUGAAGAACCAGCAGUCAAGGCUAAACCUGCGGCGGCUAAACCAGCUACUCCAGCUUCAAAGCCGGCUACUCCUGCAGCAAAGCCUGCUGCUGCAGCAGAGAGCAGCUCUGACUCGGACAGCUCAGACUCUGAGACUGAGGCGGCCAAACCUGCAGUCAAGAAACAAGCUCCAGCAGCAGCGGCGGCGGCCCCUGCUGGCACGCCCAAAGCCACAAAGGCAGCCGCAGCCCCAACAAAGAAGGCAGAGGAGAGUAGCUCUGACAGCUCUGAUUCAGAGACGGAGACAAAGUCCACCCCUGCUAAGCCUGCAGUCACCAAUGGCAAGGCAGCAACACCCAAGACCCCAGCAAAGCCAGCAGAGUCCUCAAGUGACAGCAGCUCUGAAGAGGAAGAGGAGGCCAGUAAAAGUACUGUAAAACCCGCUGCAACCCCCAAGACGACCCCAGCAGCAACACCCAAGACGACCCCAGCGGCUAAAGCGAGCAGCAGCUCUGAAGACAGUUCAUCAGAUGAAGAGGAAGCACCACGCAGAGCAGCCACAGCACCCACCACCCCCACAACAAAUGGUACUAAUGGAAAGAGAAAAAGAGAUGAAGAAUCAUCAGAAAGUGAAGAGGAAGAGACAGAAGACAAGACACCGAAAAACAAGAAAGUAACAACCACACCACAGACGUUUCCUAAAGCCAACAAGAAGACCUCCAACGUACCGUUUCGUAGAAUAAGAGAGGAAGACGUAUCGGUGGAUCCCCGUCUUACAGACAACUCUUUUGAUGCAAAGUUCGGAGCCCAGGGGGACUGGGGCCAGAAAGCCAACGACACGCUCAGGUUCACAAAAGGCAAGUCGUUCCGCCAUGAAAAGACGAAGAAGAAGAGGGGAAGCUACCGCGGCGGCGCCAUCUCCACCUCAGUCAACUCUAUUAAGUUUGACAGUGAUUGAAGACCUCCCACCCCCACACCUGGACUUUACUGUACCUGUGAGAUCAGGACCAUCUGUCUGCUUCAUCCCCCUAUAAACAGUCAUCACUACCCAGCAGCAGCACUCUGACAAGAAUGUGACCCGUAGAGCUGAGCUGGCACAACAUCUAGUUAGCUGCUUUUAGUUUGUAAUGGAGAGCAUUCGUUUGAUCUGAGGCAACAGUUAGUGGAGCGGUGGCAGCAGGAGAGAGUGAUGUUCCCACUGCUGAAGGUUGACAUCCAUGUGACAUUACCACUUAUAGCCACUAGGUGGCUGCAGGCCACCUGUUAAUGGUAAAAAGCCAAUGUGUGUUGGGCCCCUUUUUUCAUUGUUUUGACGUUGUUAACCAGUACUUUCCUCUCAAAUGACAAAUGUCUCGUCAUUUCUAUGUAACACCAUUUUUUUUCUUCUCAUUUAUCCAUGUGCGAAUGACGGCUAUCCAUCCCAACAGGUUGUUUAUAAGGCGUUAAGAAAAGGCUGGUAUUGAUUUUUAAUGGAUCACAUGGAUUCUCGACGUUUGUUUGGUUGUUUGUCAAUUUUUAUUUGGCCACAUUUAAUAGUGGAGACGGUCUAUGCUCUGUUUUUGUUUUUUUUCUCUUUACAUUACACACAUAUUUGGGGAGUAGAACUGAGUUUUAUACAGUGUAUUUAUUACGUUUUAUUCCAUUUCCAUGUUUAGGACCUCAGAUGGUGUGUUCCAUGCUCAUCUCAAGCCAUUUCGCUUUGACACUUAAGUUUUUCUGAUGUUAGGAUACCCCUGUCUAACCCUCCACAAUCUGUUCAUCAAGUGGUAUCAAAUUUAUUAUUCACCAAUGUAACUGAGAGCCAUGUUUGUAUCAAUCAUUUGAACUUUACUGUAUGAACUUUUGUGAACCUCUGUUAUUUUUUUAUUAAUUCUUGUAGUGAUAGUUAACGACCUCAAAGAUUAAAUGUUGGUGUGAUUGGACUCACGACUUUGAGGUUUCUUUUAGCUCUUCCUUUCAACUGACAGGAUGGACAGAAACAGGGAGGACGUCCAUCUGUUUAGUGAGCAUCUACGAAUUUCGAGCCGCUUUGUCCUUCUAUUGUUACAAAUGCAUGGCUACAGUCAUUAGCUCUGUUAUGGAAUCAUAGUCCUGGAAAAGUGUCAAAUCUGUCAUGUAUCUGCUAUUUUCUGACAUUAAAGAGUAUUAGGGAAUCA